AUAUGGGAAGCAACAACGAAAGAAUUCCCCCCCCCCCAAACAAAACCCCAACCCGAAAAAUUCUUCGAAUUCACGAAAAUAUUCCAAUCACAACAACUGCAAGAAUCUUCAUUCACAUAUUUCCCUCAAUCCUCAACUUCUAUCCCCAAUUAUCUCUUAUCAUUUCCUCAACCACCAAAUCCUCCCUCUCGGCAACUCUUGCUCCUUCCAGGAACCGAUCUGUAUGCCCGUCCGGGUCAGUUCACGUUAACCCAUGUCGAAUUUGAAGUGCAGGCUCAAUUUUAUGAGGACCCAAAUGCGGGUUCUCGGAGUUGGACCACUAGACAGGCUGAUCCCAUUAGAUAUGAUGCUACAGUAAAUUUUAGACUUGGGUUAUAAGUAGAUUUGAUUGAUAUUAUUGCAAAUGUCAAGUAGCUCAAGCAGUGAUGAAGACAACUCUAUUGAUGUUGGGGAACUCUUGGAGAUUGAAACAAGAUGCAGAGAGCUACGGAAAGAAAAAGAGAUGUUGAAAGAAUCGCGAUCUCAGGGCUUUGAACUAAUCAGGAGACUAGAACUACAUGUGAAGUCAUUAUCGGAAGCUCGUGUCCAAGACAAAAAACAUAUUCAAAAAUUAGUAGGAGAGCUAAAAAAUUGCUCUCAAGAAAUAGGACAACUAAGUGCAAGGAAUGAAGACAUCAACUGCCUAAACGACCAUGUGCACAACCUUGAGAUCAAAUUAGCAGGAAAUAGAGAACAAAGAAGAAGAGCUGCAAAAGUCACUUUGUGGAUGGAGAAAUUGGAGGAGUCAGUUUCAUCUAUGGCACUGGAGUCCCAGUGUGAAAUAGAGAGCAUGAAGCUUAAUACAAUGGCCUUGGAGCAGACAUGCCUUGAAGCUACAAAAACUGAGGAAGAAAAUGUUCAAGAAAGGUCCGAGAUGAAUGUUUUAGUUGAAAAGCUUGAGGUUUAGCUUCAGAAUGCACAGGAAAUUAUUGAAGCAUUAGAUAACGAAAAUAAAUAUCUAAGAGGAAAGCUUGUUCUGAAAAGAAUGCUAAGAUAUUCUGUCAAAAGAUCAAGGAAUGGCUGAAAAGCAAGGAUAGAUCACAACUUAAUAUGCAUUCUGUCUUGAUUGAACCAGAAAGCGUGACAACAAUAUCAAAAGGUACAAGGUUAGUUGCAACCUAAACUUUGUUUUAUUUUUCCAAUAAAGUUACACGGUUAUCCUUUCUGAUCAAAUACAUAGUUUAACAGUUUGAUAAUGUGGGCAGCAAAAGAAGCUUUUAUUCAGCAAUUAAACAUGUUAUACACGUGUUUUUCUUAAACCUAUUCAGCAUAUUCCUGUAAAAAGAUAUGUGUUCUAAAACUGUCUGAUUCAGUUAUCCUUAAAUCAUUUAGCAAAUAUUUAAUUGGUAGACUAAUAAAUAUAAUCUUGUUGAGGUGGGUUCGGAUCUUGUUGAAGCAGUUCUUUGUACGAAAUGCUUUAUUUAGUUUUGUCUCUUAAAAUUAUAGGUAAUAACUUACAAAUACUGGUCUACAUUUCUCUCUCUCUCUCUUUGGUACCUAUCAAGGAUCUGAAAAGUUUUUAUGAAUUACCUUAUUAAUUCUUUGUAACAUUUUUAUAAUACUGUUGAAGUGGCUGCAAAGAACUCUUUGGUGCACUCCUUUCGGAAGUGGCAUUAGUGGUGGAAUCCGAUUCUAACUUGAAGGAGCAGAUUGAAAUCAUGUCACAUCAGAUAAAUGAAUAGGAACUAUAGGUGAAGCAAUGUAAGGUACAAAUUAUGCCAUUAGGAGAACUUACAUUUACCUUUUAUACUGUGAUGAGGGGCCAACAAGGUGAAAUAUGAAUUUAGUCUGCUCCAUUCCCACCCUCUAUAGCUUUAAGAUUCCACUGCUAGAUUAAGAACAGUUGAUUUUGAAGAUGGUUAUUACUUACUAGGAAGAACUAAGAGAGCAAAAGUUAAAAGCAAAGGAAGAAGCAGAGGAUCUAGCACAAGAAAUGGCUGAGCUGAGGUAGGCUUGCUUGAAGUAGAGUGCAAGUGCCGUGCUUGCAUUUAACAAGCAUCUUUACAGAGAAUAGCUGAGUUGGAGGCGCAGAUUCAAAAAAAGCUCCAAAAUUUACUUGCUGUUGUUCACAUCUCCAUGAAUCAUAGGGAUUGACUGUGGUAAGGAUUGUUGAUGUCCAUUAAUUGGAAACUGGGUGAGAGGUUGUUACUUUCCUGAAUCUUUUUCUUUGUUUUUCUGCCCUUGGGCAGUUUUUAUAUUUUAUUUUUCAGUGUCCUACAUGAAUGUAAAUGCAACUAAGUCUAAUAUUCUUGCACUUACUUGUCAAUACACUAUCUGUUUAUUCCCCAUGCAUGCUUCUCUAUGGUUACUUUUGCCUGAUGCUUUCUUUAAGGCUACUUUCAAUAGAAUUAUAGUAUUACCUAUUUGAUUUCUGGACACUAUCUGUGGCUUUGAUUUUUUGAGGGCAAAUCCUGAUACAAUUGAUUGUGGUUCAGCAUUCUAAGACAGUUCUGCAAAAGUCUAAUCUUAUUAAACAAAUUUGCAUCAUGCAUUUUUCACUGGUGUUAGUUCAGUUUGGUGUUUUCUGGCGCCAAUUUUUCAACCUAUUUGCGUGGUAAUUAGCACAACGACCAAACUAUAUAGUAGCCAUGGACUUAGAAUCAAAGUCAUUAGUAUUAUCAUACUCCAUCAUGCUCUGUUAGUUGCCAUGUCAAGCUUAUGCUUAUUGCUAUUAAAAAGCGUAAGAAUUUAGUUCUCUCCUAAAUUCAGUGGUAUACUUGUACUCUAUUGCCCGUUUUUAGUCAUAACUACUAACCGUGUUCCGCUGCAUUCCAACAGAAAUGCCUUCCAAUGGCUAACUUUAGGAAAGAUGUAUAUAAUUUGCAUUGACCAAGAUUCUGGGAAGGACGGAUGACAGUAUGAUACAGUCAAAUAUACCAAGCUAGUGAAGCUUCCAAUUUGCAUUGGUGUUCUACAUUUUUCUUGUACAAAUUUCAGCAAUGAAAAGUUAUCGGUUUUGAGAUUACAUUGAAAGAGAACACACUGCAUCCAGAUCUGGCUAAAGAGUGCUGGAUAUGGUAAACUUUCUUCCCCCAUCUAUAUCUUCUAAGAUCAAGCACUGAAUGUAGUCCAGGUUCUAGUGAUAUUGUGCAGUGAGUUGCUUGUAUUGAACAGUAUCUUGAAAUUGGUUUUAUUUGAGUUUAAAUUCGUUGAAAUUAUAAAAAAAUAUUUAUUUUCUUGUCAACUUCGUAGCUCUGUAGGAAAGAACUUGUCAACCUUGAUAUCCCAAGCUUAAGAUAAAAGUCAUUACUUGUCAAUAUGAUUGUAUCACACUUUUUUUCAAUUAAAAAUUUUUUUCUUUUUAAUUGCCAUUAUUCAUAAGAUUGCUUUGUUUUAAUGCCAUUUCGAUUAAAACUUACGUGGCAUGAUGAAAUUGGAGUAAAAAAAGAUUCGUAUUUGUCCUUCACUCAUAUAUUGGUAUGGUUUAUUUAGAUCAAUAAUAAAAUUGAUUUUAAUAAUAUUAAAUAUAGUGAUGAAACUGUAAAAAUUCGCAUUUAACUUAUGAGGUAUUAUUUUUUUUAAUU